AUUCCAUCAUUUGCGCCAAAAAGCAAAUAAGGCCCCGUUACAGUUGGCACGCAACGCAAUGUUUGGCUAAUUUAUAAUAGGUCGUGGUGCUCUUUUUUUAUUAAUGUCUCAAAAAUAAAAAAGAGCGAAUUUGCCUCAAAGACAACGUACCUUUUCCAACGCCAGCCCCAUUUCUCUGUCUCAGCAUUUGGAGUGGGGGGAGAGAGAGAGAGAGAGAGAGAGCUCAGAGAGUCAGCUGGGAGUGAGUGAGAUUCUUCUUCUGAAUUCUGGAUACCCUUUUUCGAAAUUUGAUCGAGUUAGCUCUAUUUCUUUGUCCUCUCUCAGUUUUGUUGGAUUCCAAGCCCCCUCUCUCUCUCUCUCUCUCUUCUCUCCUUUUUCUUUCGUUGUUUCUAUUGUCUCUCUCUCUCCAAAUGCUGAAUUGAGACUCACAGAAUAUCACAACCUCCAAAUUUCUUCCACCCUUCCAUUCCCAUCAACCUGCCUUUCAUUCCUUCUAUCUCUCAGAUGUUUCAGUGAACUGAAGUCAAUCCCUUUCCCCCAUUCGUCUCUUUCAUGAAUCUGGGUUUCUGAUUCCCUACUCCAAAGGCUCUUCUUUCAUUCAAGAGGCAGAUACAGAGAGACAUUACCUGGUCGAGAAAAUGGCAGCAUCAGCGGCGGCGGCGGCAGCUGAGAAAUCAAGCUCCAAAGGCCAAGCAUGGUUCUGCACCACUGGAUUACCAAGCGACAUUGUCGUUGAAGUCGACGACAUGACCUUCCAUCUUCACAAGUUCCCUCUCAUGUCGAAAAGUCGAAAGCUUCACAACCUGAUCACCGAGCAAGAGACGAACCCAUCAAACCCCCACCAGCAAGUUGACAACGACGACGACGAAAUCGAAGAAGUCCAGUGCCAAAUAUCCCUCUCGGACUUUCCCGGCGGUUCUGAGACCUUCGAGAUCGCCGCCAAGUUUUGCUACGGCGUCAAGAUCGACCUGAGCUCCUCCAACGUCGUGCCGUUACGUUGCGCCGGAGAGUAUUUGGAGAUGACGGAGGAGUACUCGGAGGACAACCUCAUUUCGAAAACUGAGAGGUUUCUCUCCCAGUCGGUGCUGAAAAGUUUCAAGGAGUCGCUCAGAGCUCUCAAGUCCUGUGAGCGAGUUGCGCCUCUGGCGGAGAAUUUGGGGAUUACGCAGAGGUGCAUAGACUCCGUCGCUUCCCGCGCCACGUCCGCCGAUCCCACCCUGUUUGGCUGGCCGGUUAGCGACAGUGGACCCAAUCGGAAUACUAAUGCGGAUACUGUUUCGGCUUCUUCUGCUUCCAAACAGCAGAUUUUGUGGAAUGGGAUCGACGCGGGCGGCGGACGGAGAAGAGCCAAACACGCGGAUUCAUGGCUUGAAGACUUGGUGGUUCUGAGCUUGCCUCUCUUCAAGCGGUUGAUUUCCGCCAUGAAAUCUGGAGAUCUGAGCUUGGAGAUGGUGGAGACGUGCUUGAUGCAUUAUGCUAAGAAGUACAUUCCUGGAAUUUCGAGAACGAAUCGAAAGCCUUCGUCUUCUUCCUCAGGCGCCGCCGCCGCCGCAUCAUCGGGUUUAGCUUCGGAGAGUCAGCAGAGAGAGCUUUUGGAGACGAUCAUCUCCAAUCUUCCAUUGGAGAAGAGCUCCAGACCUUCGACCGCGACUCGAUUCCUCUUCGGGCUUUUGAGAACCGCUAACAUACUCAACGCCUCCGAUGCCUGCAAGGCCGCCUUGGAGAAGAAGAUCGCGUUGCAGCUCCACCAAGCCACCUUAGACGACCUUCUCAUCCCGAGCUAUUCCUACCUGAACGAGACGCUCUACGACGUCGAUUGCAUCGAGCGGAUCCUCGGCUACUUCUUGAACGGCUUGGAUCAGAGAAACACCGCCGGAAUCGAAGACGACGACGGUUCUGACGGCGCAGUCCGAUCUCCGUCGCUGAUGCUCGUCGGAAAACUGAUCGACGAGUUUCUCUCCGAGAUCGCCUCCGAUGCGAAUCUCAAACCGGAUCGGUUCUACAAUCUCGCGAUUUCUUUGCCUGAUCAAGCUCGGCUCUUCGACGAUGGUCUCUACAGAGCUGUCGAUGUUUAUCUCAAGGCUCAUCCAUCGCUAUCGGAACCUGAGCGCGAGAAGGUCUGCGGUAUUCUGGACUGCCAGAAGCUGACGCUGGAGGCGUGCACGCACGCGGCGCAGAACGAGCGAUUGCCGCUGCGCGCGGUGGUGCAGGUCCUGUUCUUUGAGCAGCUCCAGCUCCGUCACGCAAUCGCCGGAACUCUUCUCGCGGCCGAUGUCGCUCCGCCGGAGUCGGCCAGGCCGUCGGUGCUGCGACGCGAGCCAGAGGAUGAGGAGGAGGAAGAAGACGACGAUGCGGAGGAGGCACGCGGGGAGGAAGAGGACAAUGGAGUGGCACGUGCGGAGGAAAGUGGCGGCACGUGGCGCGCGGCGGUGAGGGAGAAUCAGGUGUUGCGGUUGGACAUGGAUAGCAUGAGGACGCGGGUGCACCAACUGGAGCGGGAAUGCUCCAGCAUGAAAAAAGUAAUCGAGAAGAUUGAUAAGUCGGGUCAACCCGGGAUAGACGGUUCGGGUUGGAAAAAGUCGUUGACCCGGAGGUUCGGGUGCAAGUUCAAGACCCAGGUGUGCGAUUCGCACGAACCUACGGUCGUCGAUACGAGAAAAGGACGGCGACACCAUCACCAACAGUAGGCCCGCCCGCAGCGGAUCACUUCAUUUCACUGCCACGUAGAUAAAUGAACCUUGGAUUGGAUUCGCUAAUUUGGUACUGAGAACUCGACUUUUGAGGCGAUGUGUCUGAGAAAAUAUGAUUAUGUACUAAAAAGCAAAAGCCGAAAAGCGAUUUUACAAAUGGUGCAAAAUGCAAACUUUUUUUUCCAUAUCUGCUUUUUCUUUUUUCGUAAAAGCAGUUUUUGGUAUGACUUUUGGAAGCUCCAGAUAUGAUAACAGCUUGUCUCUCGUCUGGGGUUUUUGUUUAGUUGAUUGAGAUGAUGAGAGGGGAAGGACAAAGAGAGAGAGCAUGCACAUGUGGUUCCUGAAUAUUCAUGAUUCAUGAUGAUUAGUUCAAAAGAUUAUGUGUUGGAUGGU